AUGGCCUCAGCAGGAACAGAGCAAUACAGUAUUGGCCUCCGCCGGGGUAACAGUUUCAAGCAGAGUGGUCCCUCAGGCACAGUACAUGCCUUACCACUUGAGAAACCCUCUGAGGGCAAAGGCUGGUCUCAGGCCCAUCAGCAGGUGAAACCAAUCUGGAAGCUGGAGAAGAAGCACGUGGGCACACUGUCAACAGGGUUGAGCCCAGGCCUCUUGGGUGUCCCACCCCAGCCAGCAUAUUUUGUUUGUCCCAGUGCUUUAUGUAGCUCUGGGACCACAGCUGUCAUUGCAGGCCACAGCAACUCCUGUUACCUGAACUCCCUCCCAGACUUGUUUAGCAGCACCCUGCUGUACCGCUGCUCCAACUAUAGGCACAAGCCGUACCAGCAGCUGGAGUCUUUCUGCUUGCGUUCAAGCCCAUCAGAAAAAAGACCUUUUUCUCUCCCUGAAAAGAGCCUCCCUGUCAGUCUCACUGCCAGUAAGGCCACUUUUUCCACGGUCUCCCCCAUGGCCUCUUCGUCCACGGAUCCGUACCUGUCAUCACUGGGAGCAGCUGGAGAAAACUCUUCAGGGAGGAGCCUGGCCUCUGCCAUCUCAGGGAAGAUCCCAUCUCCACUCUCCUCCUCUUCUUACAAGCCCAUGCUAAAUAACAACUCCUUCAUGAGGCCAAAUAGCACUAAAGUGCCUUUAUCACAGGCCCCAGAGGGCCUGAAGCCGGUAUCCACACCCAAGAUUCAAAUUAUCUCCUGGCCUCAUUCAGGGGGUACUGGGGACUGUACAUUCCAGCCUAUUGAACAUAAGGUGCCCAGAAGCAAUGGCACUGUCCUAAAUGACGCCACUGACCAUACCACCAUGUCCACCCCUAGCUCUGUAGACACAUUCAUCACCAGUGUUGCCUCUCCUCAGUAUAACCUGAAUAACUCAGCCACAAGGGCAGAGCCACAUCUUUCUGGCCUGGAUGAUGACUCUGAUUCCCAGGCCCAGACUGAGGAGAUUCGCUUCACUGAAGCUGUGAGGAAGUUGACUGCAAGAAGCUUUGGGAAGAUUCCAAGGCAAGGCUUCCAAUUUGAACAGUCUUGUUUUGUGAAUCGCAGCUUCCAGUGGAGCCUCCUCAACAAGGACAGGCAGUGGGAACCUCCCAUGGUAGGUCAGCAGUUUCCUCAGGAGGAUGAUGGAGCGGACAGUAGGAUUCUCCCUGGUGCCUCAGACACCUUGGGGUUGGACAGUACAGUCUUCUGUACCAAACGCAUCAGCAUUCACCUCCUUGCCUCACCUGCCAGUGGGCUCAACCACAGCCCUACCUGUGGGUCUGCGAUCGACCACCCACCACUCGGAGGAGACAGAACUCUGCCUCCCCCUCCUCCCCCUCAACCUCUUGGAGUAGCUGAUGUGGCCACCCAGCUCUCUUCCAUCCAUCUGGGCCAGCCUGUGAAGGAGCCUAGGGAGGACAGGCAGCUGGACUCACCUGGUAGGGAUAUUGGCUCAGCUACUGACCUCCAGCCAGACCAGGUUGAGGCUGAAGAUGUAGAAGAAGAUCUAGUAGAUGGUUUGGAAGACUGCUGUAGCCACGAUGAGAAUGAAGAGGAGGAGGGAGACUCGGAGUGCUCCUCAUUCAGUGCUGUUUCCCCCAGUGAGUCGGUAGCAAUGAUCUCUCGGAGCUGCGUAGAGAUUCUGACCAAACCUCUUUCCGAUCAUGAGAAAGUUGUCCGACCAGCCCUCAUCUACAGUCUCUUUCCCAAUGUGCCCCCUACCAUCUAUUUUGGCACUCGAGAUGAGAGAGUGGAGAAACUUCCCUGGGAGCAGAGGAAGCUGCUUCGGUGGAAGAUGAGCACAGUGACCCCCAACAUUGUCAAGCAGACCAUUGGACGGUCCCACUUCAAAAUCAGCAAGAGAAAUGAUGACUGGUUGGGCUGCUGGGGUCACCACAUGAAGUCUGCUAGUUUCCGAUCCAUUCGGGAGCAUCAGAAGCUAAACCACUUCCCAGGCUCAUUCCAAAUUGGGCGGAAGGACCGUCUGUGGCGGAACCUAUCCCGCAUGCAGAGCCACUUCGGCAAGAAGGAGUUCAGUUUCUUCCCCCAGUCCUUUAUCCUGCCCCAAGAUGCCAAGCUCCUGCGCAAAGCCUGGGAGAACAGCAGCCGCCAGAAGUGGAUUGUGAAGCCACCAGCAUCAGCUCGAGGUAUUGGCAUCCAGGUCAUUCAUAAGUGGAGUCAGCUCCCUAAGCGAAGGCCUCUCCUGGUACAGAGGUAUCUGCACAAACCCUACCUCAUCAGUGGCAGCAAGUUUGAUCUACGGAUCUACGUUUAUGUCACUUCCUAUGAUCCUCUACGGAUUUACCUCUUUUCAGACGGACUCGUCCGCUUUGCCAGUUGCAAGUAUUCCCCCUCCAUGAAGAGCCUUGGCAAUAAGUUCAUGCACCUGACCAACUACAGUGUCAAUAAAAAGAAUGUCGAGUACCAGGCCAAUGCAGAUGAAACGGCCUGCCAGGGCCACAAAUGGGCACUGAAGGCUUUAUGGAACUACCUGAGCCAGAAGGGAAUCAAUAGCGAUGUCAUCUGGGAGAAGAUAAAGGACGUUGUUGUCAAAACCAUCAUCUCGUCAGAGCCCUAUGUAACCAGCCUGCUCAAGAUGUAUGUGCGGCGGCCCUACAACUGCCACGAGCUCUUUGGCUUUGAUGUCAUGCUGGAUGAAAACCUCAAGCCCUGGGUCCUAGAAGUCAACAUUUCCCCAAGCCUCCACUCUAACUCUCCACUGGACAUCAGCAUCAAAGGCCAGAUGAUCCGUGACCUUCUCAACCUGGCGGGUUUUGUUCUGCCCAGUGCAGAGGAUAUCCUUUCCAGUUCCAGCAGCUCCAGCAGCUCCACCACCAGCCUGACCAGCACCCCCAGGGACAAAUUUCGAGUGGCUUCAGAGCACGUCACUGCACAGAAGAUGAAGAAAGCCUAUUACCUGACCCAGAAAACUCCUGAUCAGGACUUCUAUGCAUCUGUGCUAGAUGUCCUGACGCCAGAUGAUGUUCGGGUUCUGGUGGAGAUGGAGGAUGAGUUUUCUCGACGUGGUCAAUUUGAACGAAUUUUUCCUUCUCGAAUCUCCACUCGCUAUCUCCGCUUUUUUGAGCAGCCACGAUAUUUCAACAUUCUCACCACCCAGUGGGAGCAGAAGUACCAUAGCAACAAGCUCAAAGGAGUAGAUCUACUUCGGAGUUGGUGCUACAAAGGGUUCCAUACAGGAGUCAUCUCUGAUUCUGCUCCAGUGUGGUCUCUCCCGACAUCACUUCUGACUGUCCCAAAGGGUGAUGUGAUGCUCAAUGCCUUCUGCAAAUCAGAGAUUGGCAACCUGGGAAAGCACAGCUCCUCUGAGGGAAGCCUACUGCUCUCUGAAGACGGAGCCACCCCUAAGACCAAGAAGACUCCAGUUGGCCUUUCUCCUUUUCCCAGGAAACCUAAUUGCUCAAAGGACAGUGAGGACACUAGCAAAGAGCCCAGCCUCUCUACCCAGAUGUUACCUCUGAUCAAGUACUCUGGGCAGACUUCGAGACUUUCUGCUUCCCCCAUUUCCCACUCAGCCAGUGACUCCCUCCUUGCUGCUGUGAGCCCAUGACUGGCCUGAAUCCACUAAUCCCUCCCCAGGAGCACCAUGUUAACUACCUCAUGGGAACCUGCUGGCCUGCCUGAACCCCUCCCUCCUCCAACUCGCCCUCAUCGUAGUAUUUUUUGAAAUGGUUGAAUUGCAGAAAUGGGUACCUAUAGGGUUGGCGGGGUGGUGGGCAUGGGGAGAAGGUGAAGGAGGUUCACCCUCUGUCGCUCGGCUGGCACCUUCUAUCUCAGCAGAGAAACCAAUGAUGGCCACACAGCCUUAUAAAGCAGGGUUUGGUUUCUACCUUCAGAGAGCCAUGUGUGGUUUAUUUUAGGCCUUGGUGAAGUGAUUAUGUUGUAGCUCAAGAGUAGAAAACAUACUAAAAUUUGGGCCUGAAAUCCUUUGUUCUGUAAUGAGGAGGUUCUUCUGAAGGUUCUUAUCUUCUCAGGUUCUCACUCCUUUCCGCACUCUGUCCUAAAGAGCCACUUUCAGAAAUGUUCAAACCUUCCAACUUCCCCAGUAGAACUCACUUCCUGUCAUCCUUCUGCUCAUCCUAGUCAGGGGCUUUACCAGCUCCAUUUCUCCUUUCAUAUACCCACCCAGCCAGUAGCCCUAUGCCUUCUUACUUUGACCUCACAUCACUACUUAUUCAGCCUUCUAGGCCUCUCUUUCAUGGAUGUCAGUCACCUCUUCAACUCAGCUUUUUUUGAGGUGAGAGGUUCUAUGGACUUCGUGAAUUUCCCAUGGCCCCAACAAAGGGGUCCAGAUAAUCCCAGUUGCUGUUAAUCUGUGCCCAUAUAUGAAAGGGUCACAAUCCAGAGGGAGGGUAGAAGGAGCCGUGAUUUCCCCACAACACAGAGGAAGUCUCGUGUUCUGUUCCAUUCUUUUUAUUGCCACCGAUUAGCGGUGUCUAGAUCACAGGUUGCUAGGGCAAGCAGAGUCCCGUGACUUGGCAGGUGGGUUUCAGGAGCAGUCACUGUUAGAGAAUGGUCUUCCAGUCAGACCUCUGACUAAACUCAUGUACUCUUAACUGAAUCUACCUCCCUCCUCUAGGCUCAGUAAAGAGUGGGCAUUCAAUAAAUGUUGACUGAGUGAACUAUACAUAUAGAGAUCUCAGAGGACAUGAGCACCUGAACCAGAAGCUCUACUUCUCUCUCUCCUGGUGAAAAGUGGAGCCCAAGAAGCACAAGGGGGGAGAGUUUGGAUCAGAAAUAUCGUUUUCUUGAACUACGCUCCCCCCUAACCCAGCAACCCAGUUGCUGCUUGCCCCUGUCCGAUUCCUGCAGUCCCUUAGUUUUUCUAGCAACAAGGCAAAGAAGAAGCCAACUGGCCCCAUGUCUCUGAUACUCAAGUUUUCUCUCUUGCACAUCAGCAGGAAGCUCAGCUACUUGGUCUCACCUUGGGCUCUAGAUGGUCUCGUUCCUUUUGAGGUUUGGAAAGAGGCUGCCCUGUUUUGUGGCUUCUGGAUUUCUGUGGCGAGUUGGGAUGGAACUGUGGAAAGAUGACUGAGAAGCCUGACUGGGUUCAAGGACACAGAGUAAAUGGCCAGCCCAAAGGUCACUUUGACAGUUGUGAAGAAAGCUUGGUGGCAGAAUCCUAGGGUAGCAGCUGCUGCUCAAUAAGUACUUCAGUGCCCGGCCAGCGUGGGAGAGAUCCUGGACAGACCCAUUAAAUCUCUUCUGAUAGAACUGAACUGCCACUUGCCCUUCCUGGAUGCAGUAUUCUAGUGCAAAUGUCAGAGCCAACCUCGUGAUAAGGGCAGUAAACAGCCUUUCUAAGAGAAAACCGGCCACAUGCUUAUCAGCUUUGUUGCGGCUGGUCCUCCGGUGCAAGGGCUGGUUUAGGUGUGGAGGUCUGGCAGAGCUGAUGGUGGUUUACUUCUUGGAAACCAACUUCCAUUCUUUAGCCUACCUUCUGAGAAUCCCUGUACACCACAACCCACCUAUUUCCAUCCCUGUAACUGGAGAGGGAACUAGCAUUGCAGCAUGAUGGGGCUUGGCUGUGUGUGGGGGUGGGGGGCUUAUGAAAUGAGUGAUGAAAAUACAGUGUUCUUCGUUUAAAACGUGCUUAUAUACAACAUUAUUUCUGAUUGUCAUCACAUUUGGGUGUCCGAUAGGUUUGGGUGUUUUGCUGGGUGGGAAAAAGGUAUGGGGCUUAUGUAUCACAUUUUCCUUUCACCCUUUUGAGAAAAUGAAAUCUUGCUUAUUAAACAUUCAGCAUACAUAACUGAGCAUUGAAUACCCACGGUAUGUAAGGUAUUUUUAAGUUGAAAUUCAGGAGUGUAGUAGAAUAAAUGUUUGUCAGAACAUGUCA